AUGGACCAAGUGGGUGGUACCAAGUGGGGCACAAGUUCGCCCAGACACGUGGUGCGGGGAAGACCAAUCAGGCGCAGCUCCAGGUUUAACUAUGUUAAAUGUCAGAUUGCAAUAAACUAGAAGCUGUUGGUCGGGCCCGCGGAAAUGGGCGAGCAUAAUCUCCUUAAUCCAGGGUUUGUGGGACCUUUGGUAAACAUCCACACUGGAGACACGUUUUACUUUCCGAAUUUCAGAGCCUCAGGGGGACAACUGGCGGGGCUACCGUCUCUCUCCUACCCGAGAAGGGACAAUGUUUGCUCCCUCCCGUGGAACCCUUCGGAGCCGUGCAAUGGAUACUCUCAAUCCUACUUUAGCAGCCCCGUGUCUAUUAACCCUCCCUUCAAUCGGUCGUGUGAAAUUAGCAGACCGGAGGAGGGGAAAUGUUAUUACAACAACGGGAACGGGAGCAGGGAGACCUGUUCAGGUGGCAGCAGCCUGAAACGAGAGGACAGGGCGAGAGACACAACAUCCCUAACGUCUGACCACGGGAUGCACAAUGGAAUUGGCAGCAGCGCCACCUUCCCUAAAUAUGAUUAUGGAACCGAGCAGCUAACGCAAGAUCCGCCAUCAUGUCAGUCGAUGGAGUCCGAUUCCAGCUCGUCUCUGCUCAACGAAGGCAGCAAGCCUCCAUCUAGCGACGCACAGACCCUGGUGUCACCGGGAAGCCAUGCAAGCAACAUAGCCGCAGGCGGAGGUGCCCCGUGGUACCCGAUGCACACCCGGACCAGAAAGAAGCGCAAGCCUUAUUCCAAACUCCAGCUAGCCGAGCUGGAAGGCGAGUUCAUGCUGAACGAGUUCAUCACCAGGCAGCGGCGGAGGGAGCUCUCCGAUCGGCUGAACCUCAGCGACCAACAAGUCAAAAUCUGGUUCCAGAACCGCAGGAUGAAGAAGAAGAGACUCAUGCUGAGGGAGCAAGCUUUGGCCUACUUUUAGAGAUGCGGCAGAAGGUGAAUCGAUACAGGCAGUAAAAGCCAAGCCUUCUACGCUCCCCUAGGUCUUUUUUUCUGUGCAUGCACUCAUCUAUCCAUCUUUUACAUUGCAGUCUAUUAUUAUUACAUCCUUUCUGAUACGUUUUUAUCUUAAAAGGUGUCGGUUUUAAUCCCCUCUCAGAAAAAAGCUUAUCAGGUUUUCAAACACAUCAGAGAGCCAGGAUGUUUGGCUCAACCGCACAAAAAGCUGUGAAAAUAUGUCUUUGUAUCAUUGACCUAAAUGUAGGCCACACAAAACGUAUCACGGGCGAUCUCCUUACGGGAGAAAAUGAUCAAUAGAAUAAAAUAAGACUGGGGCAGAACUACUCAGUAAAAUGUCAGAAUAAACCUAAAAUAUCAGCGGAGUCGAAGCAACAAGCUGCGCGUAAUAAGAGUUCUUAUCUUUCUUGGUUCAAUUGUUUAUUAUAGGAGUACCUUCAUUUUAUAUUUUUUUCUUUAUCAUAUUUUUCUUGUGUGUGUGUGAGUACGCGUGUGCGCGUGCACGUUCACGGUCAUGGGCAGGAGACGUCUGGCACUCUGCAGGACUAAACCCGCAACGUGGUCCACCAAUAAGCUUGCGUUAAAGACUUUGCAUAGAAAAUUCAAUUACCAUGACUUUGCUCACGUGUUACAAAGUUUAAGUGUUUUGUUUUGCUCUUUCCAACUUGUUUUAACACCAAACCACUGAAUCCUGCAUGAUCUUCAGCUGAAUGAGGUCACCGUUUGAAAACGAGUCGGAGCUGCUAUUUGAAAGUCCUCAUCCUGGCUUUACCAGUGGGACAAAAUAUUGUUUUUCUACCAUAAACCCAAAAUGACCUGUAACAGUGUUGUUAUUUUAGGGCCAACUCGGUUAAAGCAGGAAAGUCACAUGACGUGUGGAUAAAGUUUUAGCCCCAAAGGAGCAUUUCAGGAACUUGUACUCACGAGGAAAUAAAAAUGUACAAAAUAAUUAAAUAAAAAAAUAAAAGUAAAAAAUAAAUAAAAAAUCCAAAUAAAAAGAGAAAAUAAAUCCUUACGGGCUUGACGAAAUAAAAACAAUAUUCCCUCGUAGAUUUUUUGAGGGUUAAUGCAGUGUAUAAUCUGAUAUGUAUUAUGAGUAAGCUAUAUGAAAUGUUUGCAGCAUGAUAUUGAUGUGACGCCAUGGCCACUUUUUUCCUCUGAGGGUGACUUUUUAUACUUUUUGUCUGAACGAAUCAGAAGCCAACAACGUUCAACAUCUAGACACAAACGUCUAUGAAGAAUGUAUUAUCAUUAAUAUUACUAUAAUAAUAAUUAAUAUUGUCGGUCAAAGGGACAUGGAGCCUGUUAGGCCUACUUAACGUACUUGAUCCUUGCCAUGUGCUCAGUGUUGUCCCCUCCUUGUCCUCGUGUAUAACUUUGUAAAAUGAAAUGACUUAUAGUAUUUGUAUCCUGUCCGAGGAUCCCUUAUUGCUAUGUAAUAGUGCUUUAUGUUAUUGAUCGUCUUGUACAUUAUCACAUUCCAUAUAUCAUAUUUGUGACUGUGAGAUUUGGAAGUGUAGGCCGGAUAUCCAGCCGAGGAGGAUUAAAAAAUAUGUUUUAUUUUUUCUUUUAUAAAUUUAUGACGCAUUCAUUUAAGAAAACUCUGUUUCGGUGUAAUAGUUGUCUCUUCUUGUUCUUUUACGUCGCCAACCCAUUAUGCAUUCCUUUCUCUGCUUGUAAGGAUUGCUAUUUUGUCUCGUAAAAGUAACGAUAUGAAUGUAUAUGCGUAAGGUCUUCAAUAAACAGAAUACUGAAAUGUU